AUGGCUUUAACUACACAUACUGGUACGCAACUUAUACCUUUAUUAGAUGAAAAGGCUCGAGCUAAGGCAAUAGAAAUUUAUGAAAGUAUUCCCGGUACGUUUCUUAAAUAUUUAGAACAAAAAGAAAUCGUCAAAAAAGUUAAUUUUCGUCGUGAUUUUACUGCCAAUCAGAUAUGUAUGGGAACUGAACACAAUAUCGAUUUUAAUGAUUUUAUUAAAUGUUUACGAGAUUCAAUUAAAGUAGGUUUUACAUCAUCGAACGUAACGGAAGUAUAUCCAGAAAAUCUCGGUGAUGAUAUUACAAAAGAAUUUCGUAAACAAGCAACAACUCGGGCUAAACGAGGCAAUAAAUUAUCAACAAUUAUUCGUUUUAAUACAGAAUAUGAAAAAAAAGGUGCUCCGUAUUGGACACGGGUUAAUGCAUAUGUUUAUAUAAAUAUAAUUGAAGAAUGUGAAGACAAUUGGUUUGCAGCAAAUAAAUAUAAAUUUAGUUACGAUUUAACAAUUGAAUUGAAUGGAAUAUCAAUUAAUUCGAAUAAAGCAAUCAAGUUAAAUGAAUUAAUUGCCAAAAAUAAUGUUGCUAAUUCGAUUAAAGAAAUUAAAUCUAGAUGCCCAUAA